GUCCUAUUGUUUUACAGAUCUUGGCCUACCAAUGUUCACAUUCUUCAAGCCUGUUUAAAAGUGAUGACAGUGGCACGAGCUCAUGGAAUCCAGAGCUUUUUAGCCACGGAAAACCUGCAGGGGAUCUUUUCUUACGUUAGCCACAAUCUGUGCUCCGCAAGCCAUAUCAUACGUCUUCUUACUCUGAAGAUGCUGAAUUGUUUUGAUCAUCCGAGCAAGGGCGUAUCGGACGACAAGGUAAAAAAUUAAUACUGACCUAACUGUGUUACACAACGCUUUUUUACUAAAUAAUUUUGAUCUAUAUAAAAAUCCCAAGCUUGCGGCAACCACAAGCUCAUUUUAGAGUUUAUAAGUAGUAGUGACUAUAAGGCAACACUUAAGAUCUGAAAAGCGACAUUUUUUUGCAGCGAAGGGACAAUUCAUGACACCCUCCGUAUAAUUUAUACCGAAAUGUUUUUUUGGCUCCUCAUUUCUUUCAGUAUUCUAAUUCGCAUUUCAUGUACGUUGCAAGUGAAAAUCUUUCAAAUUAUGUACAUUACUGAACAAUAAAUGAACUUUUUGCCACCUGUUUAUUUUAUUUCAUUCAUAUUUGCAUAAUAAUUUCUUUUUCAGGCUCUGCCAAAAGAGAAUUCAGCCUCGGUAUUUCAGCUGUGCCUCGCAGCUGAAGAAAUUCCCGCUGGCUUAGAAACUUAUAGGGACCGAUUAGUGCGUCUGCAGAAACUCCGCUUCUCCACCCAGUUUUACGACGCUCUGCCAGAGUACUGCCGAGAGGCUGCACUUCUUCAUCUGUUUGGCAUGCUGUAUACUAACUUUAGUCCCCUGUGGGACCCUGUCAUUGAAAUAAUCGCGAGUUUUUCGCAAAGUUCCAAUGUGAAACACUUUUGGAAAACCUUAAACAAGCUUUUGAAUGAAGCAGCAGAAAGUGCAGGUAAAUGAAUGAGUCAGUUCUGGCCCCAGUUGUUCAAAAGGCGGAUAACAUUAUUUACUAGAUAAAUCUCUAUCCAGUAAAUGACGCAUUUGGCUACUCUAAUGCUUAUUCGCUUGGUAGUGAUUUAUCCGGUGGAUAGCGCUAUUCGACGUUUGAACAACGGGGACCUAAUCUCUUGCUUGUUUGUACAAGGAGUGUCACAAUAUUCUUAAGAAUACCUCAAAGAUAAAUAUAGUAAUCACCGUUUAAAUUCAGAUAAUUCGGGUUGGAAGGCUAGGUAAUACAAUUUUAAGUCGGUGAAGCAAAGUGCACUGGCUUUUGAAUUGAAACUGUGUGACAAUUUUAUACACAUGUCAAUGUACUUUGUGAUUUUCACAGUUAAUGUAUUUUUAUCGUUACUUUUACUCUUGUGACCUUGUCACUCGUGUUUCUGAGGUGAAAAUGCCAUUGGAAGCAAAAGUUUUGAAAUCUAUGUAAGCUGUAGCCUGCGAACAGCAGACGCACUCCCGGUCGUCGCCUCUCUCCCUGCCUCCUAUUUUUCGGAGGGAGAGAAGCGACGACCGGAAAUGCGUCUGCUGUUCGCAGGCUAUGUAAGCUGCCGGCUAAAACUUGUUCACUUUUUUGUAAUUCUCAGAAAAAGAACUCAGUGAAGAAAUGGAUACAGGUGCCUGCAAACAAGCAUUGAUUGAAAUAAAUGGGCCUUUGGGCAGCAAACUAGUUGGGAGUCUUGAUGAAAUAUUUGACAGGCAUAACGUUUCUUCUCUUGGUUCACGACAAGACAACAGAGCAGAUCACACUAACUACCGAUAUCUAUUGUGGAAAGCACUGGCGUCCUUUCCGGGAGUUGCCGAACAGAAAUCACGGGACUUAGUGCCUUUGUUCCUUAGGUUUGUAAGGUAAGACAAGUUCCUUUUUCUCGGUGCCUUCAAAAUACAUGAUGCUACAUUUGCUCGACGUUACUUCUAUGCCAUUUGCACUAUUUUUGUUUUACCCAAACUCAAAAAAGAAGGCUUUUAUACUCUGUAAAUAAUCACGGGGAAAACGUGGAAUUUGAAUUAAUCGGUUUGAAUUACUAAAUACAUUGUUACAAGAUCGUAGCUCCUGUUUUUUAACAGCUUUACGCGACACAAAUAUUCACAGCGUACACACUGUAUGUUGUAAAGAACUUUUCAUUUGGCAAUUUUUUCUGAAGAGUGCCGCACACUUUGCAAUGCGUUACGAAACUAAGUUAGUAAUAAAAUGCCAAGUCGGAUCUUACAUUGAUCAGAUCACCAAGAUUAAAUACUGACAAGUAUAAUUUAAGCUUUCUUUAUCGUUUCUAUCGUUUCUCCUUGCUUGGUCAUAGCAAAGGCCGGUUUGAUGGUCCUGUGUUGUGACAAAAAUGCUUUUCAAAUCCUUAACUUCAGUGGUAAAUCUUAUAUCCCGUUUCUUAUCUGAUACAUAACAAAAAAAACCAGUUUCACUGGUAGUGGUGAAUUCUCUUUGAAGUUUACCUAUACUUUUUUGUUUUGUCACAGUAAUGAAUACUUUGUAGCAAUGGAAAACGUAGCGCCUUCACAAGACAUUCUCAUCAAAAAACGUGCUGAAUCCCAUGGGACAACAACUAUAGAUACAUCCGACCAAUCAGAGUCUAAAGAAAUUGACACAGACAGCUCUGUUGUCGAACAAGAAACCAAUGCUCAUAAAAAGAGACACAAAUCAGCUACAAAGUCCCUCUGCAUUCACCUGGCACUUUUUGCGGCAUUUAAAAAUCCGAAAGCACUGUAUAAAGAAUCAGAAGUGAGACAGCUUUUCUUGAGAUUUCUAGCUCACAGAGAGGGAGAAGUUCAGAAGCUUGCUGUUAAAUGUCUAAUGACUUACAAGUUUGGUUAUCUGGAGCCGUAUAAGGAGAAUAUCGAGCGUCUGUUGGACGAUGAGAACUUUCGGGAUGAGUUGGCGCAUUUUUCAGUUGACGAAGAAAGUGGUUUUGUAGACACAAGUCAUCGGGAGGGACUUAUGCCUGUCCUUAUAAGGUCAGUGAUGACACGUGAUAUUUUGUUACAGGUCGCAUCGGGUGGCCUUUCACUUUCCGGCCAUGUACUUUUGUUUUUGGAAAGCUAACGUUGGUAGCAAUCAUAUCUUUUGGUCAUUUGAAAUGGCGGGGUGUUUAAAAUUCAUGAGAAUUUAUAUACUUUGGCAACAAAAAUGGGUCUUUUCUUACUGGAAAUCUUUCAGUCCAAUUUUGAUGAAAAGGGUUGUUGCAUGCUUGGCAGUUGGCACUGAACGAAUGUCUUAUAUUUCAUUUUCUCAUGUUCGAUGUAAGUGCUGAAGUAAGAUGUUCGAAUGGGUCGUUAUCAUCAUAAACCUUCUCUUGACAUUUCAAAUAAUCGUUCCGUGUUAAUAAAAUUCAUCACUUCUAUCUUUAUCAGGUUAUUGUACGGCAAAAUGCAGAGGUGGACUGGGACCGGCACUGGUGGAAAGGCUGGCAUUGGAGUGAGGCGAGCGGUUGUGCUGAGGUUCCUGGCCUCCUGUCCCCAGCGGGAAAUACAAAUCUUUAUGGAUCUGAUUUUGGCGCCAUUUAAACACCUGUGCACAGGUACGUGUCUCGAAUGCGGUAAAAUCCGCCUCAUGAUUAUCCUUUUUCCAGCUUUCAAACCUGUAUUAUAAAAUUCCUUGUUGCUGGGUAGUUUUCUUCGUUUUGUUGAAUUUAUUUUUUAUUUGUUUAAAGGACAGCAGCCUCUUUAUCUUGUUCAUUGUAUAUGCCGUAGCUCAAUUUUUUACGUAGUUCAAAUGUUAUUUCCCCGUGUUUUUGGGUAUGGUAAUAUCAUGAUGAAGACUUUAAAAAGAAGGAAAGUAAGAUUUAUAAUAAACGAAGGAUGAAAUUGAACCUCAACAUGUACAUUUUUCCUGUGUUUAUAUUUUUUGCUAUAUGUGCUGUACAUAAUAUGUAUUUUGCAUGGCAAUUGUAUUUUUACUAAUUUCAGUUUUUUUUUCUGACAUCUUGGAUCAGAUACUUGUGAGGUCUGCAAGUUUGUAAGCUUUUGGUCAAAAAGGUAAAGAAAUUUGGCUCCCAAAAAUAGUUGGUAAUCGUUAAUCAUAUUUUUUGCUUGCCUACUUACUCAACAGCGGACAACCCAGGCCUGAUCACCACCACCACAGAUCUCUCAAAUGCUGUUCCCGUAAAGAAGCAGCUUGGUUUCCUGGGAAUGGUGUCACAAAUCCUGAACAAGAUAGGGAUCAUUGCCGUCGCCUUUUAUCCUUCAAUCCUGCAGAUCAUCCUCUCGCUGUUAUCAACAUGCGUGCUGGCUCUGAAUCAGCGAGAAAAGGUACGAUGAUCGGCUAGUCCGAUUGAGAUGAUUGUGAAAGGGGAUAUGUCUCGAGGAUAUUGCUGUUUCAGGUCAAUUUCUUUGGUAAAACUACCCACCUACCCCUCCCCUAAGCCAACAUAACCUCUUACUUCUCACUUAGGGAAAAAUGUUGGCUUAUGGGAGGGGUAGGUUGGCAGUUAUUACUUAGUGCCUUGACCCAUUCACAAAAUGCACCUGUUACGAAGUUACGAAGAAGACUUCAAAGAAAUGUGUGCUGGCUCUGAAUCAGCGAGAAAAGGUACACUAAUCGGCUAGUCCGAUUAAGAUGACCUUGAAAGGGGAUAUUUCACGAGGAUAUUGCUGUUUCAGGUCAAUUUUUUGGUAAAGUCAUGUUACUUCUCACUUGGGGAAAAAUGUUGGGUUAGGGGAGGGGUAGGUAGACAGUUGCCCAGAAACGCAUAAUGAUUCGUUAUCUCAGUGUUUUUACCCUUUCACAAAAUGCGCCUGUUACGAAGUUACGAAGAAGAUAUCAAAGAAAUCCUAUCAGGGAGCAUUAACCAUGGUAAUAUUGUUUUCGUGAUUUUGCAGGUGUAUUAAAACUUGCUAUCCGUCGAAACAGACGACAUGAAACAUGAAACAGGGCACUGAUAGAAAAGUACACGUUAUUAACACUUUCAAAACACCUUAAAACAAAACAAAGGCAAUUAAUCCUCGCGGGGCACUCGUUUAUGAAAGUGCAGGGUGUCCGUAAAGCAAGGUUUGACUGUUAUCACUCGUUUUUUCUUAUUUGAGCGAGGUGUAGUGGAAGGUAUUACCUAAUGAAGUAAUUACAGUUUUUACUGUAGUAGUGAUAGGGUAAAAAUGGCUUCUGUGUUCAUUUUUAAUAAAGUCGUAGUGGUAAAUUAUAUUUGAUGUUGUUGCUGUUCCAGAUCCAGCUGUCUUUAAUCUCUCAGCUGAAGACGGUUCGUCAGUUGGCCAUAUCUCGCCUGAUGGAGUUCUUUGAACAGAUGACGGAUUAUGAUUUUAAGCCCAUUUGUGAAGCCGUUUUCUCGUCAGCUGUGUGGCCUCAGGUGAACUGCACCUCAUCUUACCAUCCAAGGAUGUUUGACGAAAUUAUCUGGAGUCAAUUUAAUAAAAUGUUUACAAGUGUAAUUUACAAGUGUAGCUAUUGUUUUUGGAAUCUAAAACAAUAGCUUCACUUGUAAAUUACACUUGUAAAAGUUUUAUUAGAUUGACCCUUGAAGCGCCGUGAACAUUAAUAACAUGAAACCCCGCCAUACGAUCUUCUUGUUAUAGCGACCACCUUUUUACCGGCCGAAACAAAGCAUACGACCAAGUUUCCACGGCUAAACGUUGGUCGUAUCAAGGUGAUUAGCCUGAGAAGACAACCGACUUUUAGCGACGCCAUCACUUGUUUCCCGCAAAAUGACGUCUGAGAAACGAGCCCAGGUAUUCCGUACUAUGACGUGUUUCCAAUCUGGGUAGUGUGCUUCUGAUUGGUUGAAGCAAUAGUGCACGCGUGUGAACCAGCGUCAUUCUGGCGGGAAAACGUGAUAGCCGUCGUCAUUCUACAACUGGUUUUGGCAAGAAUGUCGUGGCGGGAGCAAGUUAUCAAAUAUAAGAAGUUUUAUCUAUUUUUGUCUAUUGUUUUUUUUCUUAUCAGGUGGAGAAGCUUACUCAGGAGAGUAUUCAACAUCCCACGCCACUACUCAAGCUUCUGUUUACCUGGACAAAGAAUUCCCGUUAUUUUCCAUUGCUUUCCAGGAAGCCAGUUGGUAAUCCAAACGUGUCAAUCAUGUCCUGUAUAUUUCUAUGUUUGCGAGUUCCAUCAGUGUCAGCAGAUGUGGUUGCCAUGGUGAUGGAAAUGACAGACAAUCUAUUGUCUGGGGAUAGGGAAGAAAGUGAUUUGAUGGAGUGUGGUUCCAUGUUAACGUAAGUCAUCACUUAAAAUUUCAGUUUUUCCCACUGAGGCUCUGGUAAGGGGACAUAGGACAGAUGCUCUUCUAAGCAAGAAGUUGGGCCAGCCUCACGCAACCUUGCUCUCACUCUACAGGGCUCACACAAUUGGCUAUGAAAACAAUAGGAUAAUCACACAAACAAUAACCCUAACCCUCAACACAAAAGGCAAUAUUGUUUUAGACGACCACUUAAAUUAGAGGUUCUUGUGAGGUACUGGACUACUCGGGUUAAAUACAGACUCAUUCCUGAUCUUCAGGGCUCCUUAACUUUUAACCAAUGUUGCGGCGGACUUGCGAAAACUGUUUUUGUGAUUGACUUUCGUUAAACUCGCUGGCUAGACACGCACAAAAAAAAUCAAAGGGUUUUUCCGUUGGGUACCUCAGAAGAUCCAUGAACCAGUAAAGUACGCGAUUCAUAAGAAAGCGUGCCGCGAUUACAUUGCAUAGCCAAAUGACUUCAAUUAUUAUGUAACUUAUAAAAGCAGCUAUUUUAAGAGGAGAUAGCGGAGGACUGAUUUUUCUUCUUUCAUCUCUCUUAUCCUUGAUUUAGUCUUGCAUUUAUUCCAUGUUCACUUUUUAUAUUGCAGAAUUUUCUCGAAUUACAACGAAGAAGACAGACCUAGUUACGGAACUCUGUUAGUUCUUCCACACAUGUCGGAUGUCCUUGAAUACCUCAGCCGUUCUGUCAAGCAGGCUAUAGAGAAUUCACGAAAGAACAAAGGAAAGGUCAUUUUACCUCAGCGAGAGCUUUCGGUUUUGUCAAAAAUCAGUCCAUUUGUUAAAGACGCUGAGCAUUCUUCCACUCUCAUUAAUGUACUGUUGCCUUUCGUUAAUUCGUCUCAAAAGGAGGAGACUGCGAACAAUAUUCUCUCUACUAUUAAGGGUCUGUUACCUAAUGUUGAUGCGCCGAGAGAAUUCGCCACAUCUUUAUCGAAGCUUUUCUCGCAGUUGACAUCGCGCGGUACCAGGCAGCUUCUGUGUGAUGUUUUUUUGGAGCUUUCAAAUGUGGAUUCUAGUUUUUCUCCUAAGACGUGCGAACUUCUAUCUCAAGUGAACGCGUGGAACCGCAAACGUUUAGAUGAACCCGAUUAUGACACUCGAUUGGCAGGCUUUACCAAUGCUAAAGUCCUUAUCCAACAAAGUGCACUCAAGACAGACGAGAUUUUGCCUUUGCUUCACAACUGUAUUCACUUCGUUUUAUGCAGCGAUGACCUGUCUAUCAGAGAUAGUGCUGGAAGUUGUAUGAGUUGCAUAGUGCGAUAUGUUGUUCAGCAGAGUGACGAAAAGGACGAGCCAUUUCAUGUUCUCAUCAUGAAGUGUCUUCUUCCGAACUGCAAGAAAGCACUGUCUUCUAAAAAGGAGGUAAGCUGUUGAAACGUUGGGGAUUUCGUGAAAAGUUAGAAUAAUAAUAACUACUUUAAUCUGUUUGAGAUGUGGAAAUAGUCUAUGUCGUUUAAAACUAAUUGGUAUCGACUAUAACAUUUCGCGUCAUAAACUAUCACAAUUUUCAAGAAAAAACAAAAAACAAAAUCAAGUCUAAAGCGCGAAAGAAAAUUGAACCAGGACUAAUCCGUACAAGGCUACUGAGGUUUUUUGUCAUCUAUGAAAUAGUUUAUUUCAAAGAAACAGCUUCUAGAACAAAAGGUGCUGUGAGUAUUAAUUUGGAAGUCUACAAUAGGUUUCUCAAGUGGUACGAAUUCUAAGUACUUUGACUCCCAAAAAAUUUCUUCUUCAGUCUAGACUACAUUUCCUGGGUAUGAGUUAAAUGUUGUUUUGUCUUGCUACUUUGCUCAACAACUUUUUGGUGAAUUUCUGCUCGUAGAUUGCCAGAAAUGAAUUUCUAGGUGUCCUCUCCACGAUGGCUCGUGAGUUUCAACAUGAUUCCUUGUCAGACUUAAAGGUUCUCUUGGACGAAGACCCCGAGAAAGACUUUUUUGAGAACAUCAAGCACAUUCAGGUGAGGACAUAAUUAUUUUUUUCUGACCAACCCAAAUUGUUAUUUUCGCACUCAGUGUCAGCCUUUGUUGUGGUAAGAAUUUCCCUUCAAGACCAUAGAGAGAUGUUACGUGAAAGUGAUUAGCCUGCGAGUAAGCUUUCCUAUUUGAGCGAGCGAAGCGAGCCUCGCGAGAACGCUUCGCCGCUAGCUCGCGCGUUCUCGCGAGACUCGCUUUGCUCGCCCAAAUAGGAGAGCUUGCUCGCAAGCUAGAAAAUGAUGUGCAUACAAAGUGCGAACUGGGUCUACUAUAUACGAUACUGGUGGCGUACUAGCGAGGUCCUUUAAAUUUAUCGUAACAAAAACCAAAGCGCUUUUCAUGAUUAGCAAACUUAAUUAUGUCACGAACGUACCAAGAAAAGAUAAGAGACUUUAUUUCACGAGGGUUACACGUGACGGUAACUGCAAUUUACUGAUAAACUUGUCGAGGGCCAAAAUAAUACUAAACGCUGUUUAAUUGUAUCAGUUUGGUCAAAUAAGGGAAACUGCGUCAUAAGUACUUAAAGUGCUGGUUAAAGUAGCAGUCCGAAUCUUCUACAUGCAUAUAGCAUGUACGUGUGAAGGUUGAAUCCUUAUGAACCUUGGUUAACUAGCCUCGUUUGAGUACUUGUGGCUUUUUUGAGUUGAUUUAAAGUUUACGAAGUUAAUUUUGUUUGAUUUGUUUUCAAUUCAGCUCCAUCGCCGCAUUCGUGCACUUCGUCGCCUGCAGUCACAUUGUCAGCACCAUAGCCUUAGAACCACAACGCUUACUGCCUUCUUGCUGCCAUUGGUGACACAUUGUUUAUUUGAUCACACGGCUGCUAAAGAGCACAACCUUGUCACCGAGGCUGUAACCACUAUUGGAACAAUAUCGGCAAGCCUCCCCUGGUCCAAGUACUGCUCAUUGUUGAGGCACUAUUUAAAACUAUUGCCUGUGGAGAGGACUUUCCAAAAGAUCAUCGUUAGGUAGGAAGUUUGUUGCAAAUUCGCUUACAUCAUUUUGUCUGUUGUUGCCCGAAACAGAUGGUUUUUCAGCUCGAAACUUACCUUUCUGGGCAUAUUAUAGUUUACAGUGUAACGAGAAACAAAAGAUGUUGGGCGAUUGCUCUAAUAAUAAUCGCGAACUGAAGUUAGUUUGUUUUAAUUCCCCUUAUUCCGUAAGCAGGUUACACCGGUACAUUUGAAUCAAGAUUGCCGCCCAUUACAGUAAGCGCUGAAAAACAGGAAUCCCUAAACAGCCUAAUGCUGCGCAAACAGGACAAUUUUUUUGUAAUCAUUGGGCAGUGUUCGCGGGCCACGUUUGUUACACAAGGCUUAAAAACUGUUUUCUGUUGCCAGAUAGCGUUAUGAGAAAAUCUUCUAACACUGCAAUAGGUAGCCUGCACCACAGACGAAACUAAACUACUGGUUAAGUCCGUCUGUGAAACAGCACCAAAAUGCCUGUUCUGGGCCCUUACUGUGUACCAUGAUUAGAGUCCCGCUAUGGUUCGCCUUUUAAAAAUGCUAUUGUUCAAAUGGCCAAUCAGGUUGAGUGGUAGUUCGAAACUCACUUCCGAUAAUUCGUUAAGUCCGUUGGGGCCCAGAAAAAGGAUCUCACAGGUAGUUGGCAGACGUUAUUAGCUGGGGUUAGAUCACGUCUGCUGCCAGGCAGCUGAUUAGCUAAAGCCACCUUGCUUAAGUUUUGACCACGUGUCUGUUACGUAAAACCAAACCUCAGAAGUCAUCACCUGUUGUCAAGAUCAGUAUUAAGGAAGAACUGUAAUCAAUACUGCCAAGAGAGAAUAAUAGAGAGAGAGGGAAUAUUAGGGCGUCGACCGGGAUAUGUGAAUUGCUCUUAAGUUAUUUUUAGAGGUCGUAAUUAAAGGGAAGUCAAAGUCCUGAGGCGUCCUCCUAUUUUGAUCGAUUGUUUAAAACGUCACCCUGCAAGUGCACGCUCGACUGCCUCAAAGCAAACAAUGCAGACUAUCGUGAUGACGACUGUUGAAUACUCUUUUGACAACACUGAAUAGACGUUAGGGGACUUCUCCGGAAACAAACUUCCGAUUAAUUUCAAGCAUUGAAUUGGUCUAAAAAUAGCUUUGGUGAAAUUCACAUAUCCCAGGGGAUAGAUGGGCCAUUCCCUUUCUGUACCAUUAUUCUCUCUUGAUCCUACCUAUCAAAUUUUUUGGAUUAAUUUAGGUUUCUAGGAAAUUCCCACCUACCCCUCCCCUAACCCGUUAUUUUGCUCCAAGUGAGACGCAAAUGUUUACGUUGAGUUAGAGGAGAGGUAGGAGGGCAGUUUCCCGGAAACCUAAAUUGAUCCAGUUUUUUUCGGGCCAGUUGAAAUGACUUUUGGGCUAGUACUUGCUAGCUACGGCUUGCCUAAAUGGCUGCCUAUAACAGUGACAUUUUUUGCACCCUGACCUUGGUACGUGGAUCAGUCCUGAGUAACAAUUAAGAUGUAGUAACUUGAUUUUUGUUUUUCUUUUGUAGAGUUGUUGUGAUUAUUCUCAGCAAUUUUCACUUUGACCUGAGCGCGGUUCCCAAGCAAACAGAAAACCUCCCAGGUACGUAGCUGUAACGUAUUUUAACUUUACCAAACAGCUGCGAAGCUUCUCAGAGGCUUUUCAAGUUUUUCUCAGCUUAAAAGAUAUGCUGUGGUCUUGACAGGUGGCGAAAAGAAAGUUGAAAGCUCUAUUAAUACUCAAAAAGAAGAUGAAAAGCAAGAUGAUCGGCAUGAUGAUGCUGAUGAGGUUAAAGACGACGACAAUGACGAUGAUGUCGAUGAAACGAACCCAGUUGUUAAUGGUAACGUUUCUAAAGAGGAGCUUGCAGUACGUAUCUACAACACCAUCACCUCAACUAUCCUGCCUCAGUUACAAAAAUGCGUCACUAAAAAGGUGAGUUUGUACUAUGAAGCAAGCGAGGAAGCUAUUUGUUAAUAUUGUUGUUGUUUUCUUGUUAUUUAUUAUGUCUUGGAGAUAUGUCUAGGGUUAAACUCUUUAACGAAAUUUACAAAAAUCACAAAAUUUUGCAGGAGUGCUUCGAAAAUUGCGAAGAUAACGAAAAUAACGAAAUUUUUUACUACCGAAAAGACUGUAACGUUUUGUACUUAGCGCUCAGUAAGUCAAUCAGUCCUUCUGUCAGUCAGUCAGUCAAUCAGUCAGUCAGUCAAACAGUCGGUCAAUCAUUUAGUCAGUCAGAGUCAGUCAGUCAGUCAACCAUUUAGUCAGUCAGAGUCAGUCAGUCAGUCAAUCAUUCAGUCAGUCAGAGUCAGUCAGUCAGUUUAGUCAGUCAAUCAUUUAGUCAGUCAGAGUCAGUCAGUCAGUCAAUCAUUUAGUCAGUCAGUCAGUCAGAGUCAGUCAGUCAAUCAAACAUUCAGUCAGUCAGAGUCAGUCAGUCAAUUAGUAAGUCAUUAACGUAGUUACAUGAUAUUUAUCAUAGUUUAGGUAUCUAGUUGAUAUGUCUGGUCUAAACUCGUUGUGUUUGUUAUUUUGUAGAGCAAAUCGGAUGACUUUCACCGCUUGAGCCAACAAAAAGCCGAAGACGAGGAGGAAGUGUUGCGUGUGCCCAUCAUUCUUGCUAUAAUCAAGCUUCUUCAAGCACUGCCGGAACAUGCGCUACACUCAUAUUUACCGGGGUGAAAAGGAUUGUUUGUUUUAUGUUUGUUUUCACUUGCUUGUUUCUCGUUUCUAACAAACGCUAACAAUAACCCUUCCAAAAAUGUAAAACACUUAUCUUGAAAAAAGCGAAAGUCAUUUUGGACGUUUAUAGUCCUCUAGAAAAUGUAAGUAAAAUUUUUGGAAAAUUGGCAGGUUUUAUCUUGUGCCCCCUAAAUAGUGACAUCAAUGAAAUACAAGGUGAGCUUUCGCGCAAAAAAACAUGAUGUCCUCACACGUGAAAAGAUCACCGUUGCUAUGGGUACAUGAAAAAUCACCGCAAACAAUAUUAUAGUGAAUUGGUUUGGUAUUUCAUUUAAUGUUUUUUAAAUAAAUAUUUUACUCGUUCGCUGCACUCACUCGAAGAGAAAUUUCGUAUCGCAGCGCGGCCAUGUAAUAUCCUGUACUGUUGUUGUUGUUGUUUGUUUGUUUGUUUUUGUUGUUGUUUACUGCUUGUUGAUAUAAGUGUAACAUUAAUUACCUGCCCAGCUUUUUGAUCUAAAUAUUCCUAGUUGUUACUGAGCACCUUUAGUGAUGUUUUUUUUCUUAAUUUCUCUGUAGCCUUCUUUUGCGUAUCUGUCACACCCUAAGGAGCAGAGCCCGAGAGGUGCGCGAUGUAGCACGCGAUACCCUGGCAAAAAUAACCGUUUCUCUCGGAAGUCGGUACCUCUUGUUCGUACUGAAGGAACUAAGAAGCUCACUUACAAGAGGAUAUCAGGUGAAUAGUAAUUACAGUAAACUGCCCCCUUUCGCUGCCAGUUUAUUGUACGAACGAAAAUACAAAUACGAAUAUCUGAACGACAGCUACGACAGAGACAACGUUAAAAGAGCAACGGGUUUAAUGAGCAAAACAUCGCCAGACUCUACACGUGCCUUUCUUUGCCGUCAGUGCACGACUUCAGGGGAGGAAAACUUAUCGUCGAUCGAUUAUGUCUGUGUAGGCCCUCCUAGGUCCUGUUUGUUGGCUGAAUCAUGUUAUUAACAGUGCGCAUACAAGUGAAAUGUUAUUUGUUUUUUUAUGCACCUUCCUAAUUCGCGCAAGCGACUAAUUUUGAUCUAUCUUCAGCUUCAUGUCCUUAGUUACACAUUGCAUACAUUAUUAGACAAAAUGAGUGAAAGCCUCUUGCCAGGGGACCUGGAUUCAAGUCUGCAGGGAUUGGUGGAGGUGAGUUGCUUGUUUAUUUUUUUCCUUUUUAUGAAUUUCUUCGCCGUCGCUUGUGUGUCCUCGCUAUGUGGUAGAUAAAUUUCCGUAAAGCCUCAUCAUUGACAAGGUCGAUAGCUUCCUGAUGUUCGGCCACGAAAUUCAAUGUUUGCACUCAGGUUAGAUUCUGUUCACACUUAGAAAGUUAUGCAUAUGAAAGAUAAGCCCCAUUGGGCCUCUUCAAUCACGUUAUCCCGAACGAAUAUUUUUCUUUAUCGCGUUAUCCCGCCUGUUUUUAACGGCUAAUCGCGAUCACGAACAUACGCGUUAAAAGGUGCCUUACUGAGAUUUGUUACUAAGAUAUAAAAACGUUGUACGCUUACGUAAUCACGUGACAGGGUCAAGCUGAAUGUGGGCAACUUUUUUUGAGUCUAUUAUAUGUGGGAUUUUUCAAAAAUGCAGCUCACUUUUCUCACCGGACAUUCAAACUUCUUUAAAGCAACAAUUUCUGAAUCAUGAUCCGUAGGAUCCCUGUUCGUAUGCAGUUUACAAACCGAAUCUUUUCUAGCCUGUUCCAGGCUCUCAGAUAGUAGGGAUGACACGUAAGUGAAAGGCGCGAGAAAAUAUGAGCGCGUGAUCUGGGAAAAGGGUGCCUAGUUUCCUUCCGUAUCAUUUUCGUGUUCGCGCUUUCUCAAUUUCGCGGACCUGACUAUCUGGGAGCCUGGAACACGCUAAAUCAUUUCCCAUCGCAGUUCUAAAAAGCUUUAUUCCAGAUCCCACCAAUUAAACUUUUCUAAAUUACCCCGCUUGUGAAACCUUCGUAUUUGAACCUGUUAUUAUUGGAAAAAAUUUACUUUUACUUUUCCCAUGAUAACGCUGAAAAUCCAAUGCGGCCAAUGAAAGUCUUUCAUUUUUGCUGUCCUUCGACAGUCCUUCUACGUACAGUUGAAAUAUCCUGAGGCUUAAUUUUAUUGUUCGAAGACAGCGUCUUCAUGCACCGCCUGUAGAGUGAGCGCCAAAUCUCACGGAAACUACAGCGGUAAUUUUUUAUAUAAAGAAGGUAGAUACAAGGAUUUAUUGCACUGGUGCUUUGAUUAAGAAAGAGAGCUGGCAAAGCUAAGUUACAUACUUUGGGUCCAAAGCGAAGAAGUAGAAGAGGCAAAAAGAAGUGCAAGCACCAACCCAGAGUUAAAACAAACAUGAUUGUAAGCAACAUCCUCAUCACUUUGCGAGUUCUUCUUGUACGAUCUUUGUAUCUUUGUUGUUUGCUUGUUAAAUUCUCGCCAACUGAUUUUCGUUUCUUGAGUAAAACCAUCACAACGCCGAAAAGGAUGAGAAUACAGGUCAAAGGGAUUGAGUAAAAGGUCGCAAAUGCAUACUUCAAGUAAAAAUAAAACGCCAGCUCGGAGUCGAAUUGGAGGAAACAGUAUGUUUGUCCGUCUUCUCCAAGGAUAAACCUUUGGUCGUUGAAUAUUGGUGAUCGGAGAGCUAUGGCGACAAUCCAUACGAAGAAAAUAGAAACGUACGCUACACGGUUGGUGAUAAAACGUUUUAAGGGAAAUAGGACGGCGAUGAGACGGUCCACUGCUAUGAGUAGAAGAGUCAGUACAAACACGAAAGAGGAAAGCUCUUUGGUAAAUGGGAAGGCCUUGCAGAGGAUGUAACCGAAUUCUCCGCGUAUUGCCCAGUCUGUGCCCAGAAUAGCCCUAGAUAUAAGGCGCGGCGAAUUAAACACAGUAAUGAUAAUGUCUGCCAUACUCAUGUUAACCACGAGCAAAUUAAUGGCUGCUCUUCGCAGUCGACGAUGCUGGCAAACCACGGUAACAAUAUGGGCGUUCCCGAUCAAAGCUAUCAGUAUUACAAUGGCACAAAACAACAUACUCAUCACUUGUAUUGCUACAGAGGAUUCUUGAGGACAAAACUGAUCCACGAAAUUCGUUGUUUCAUUUGACAAGCGCAUUGCUCAUGAGAGCCAAAACAAGCGGUAUCGCCUUACUACUUGUAUCCAGUGUUGAUGCUCUCGUUCGAAACCGCAGAAAUCACUUUUAACUUCUCGUCAAGUUUUUGUCAUUAAACGAUACACAAGAAAGAACUGAAAAGAGUGCUUAGGAAAAAAAACACGCGGUCUUGGAUGUAGUAUUGUAAUGUAAUGUAAUCGUUUGUAUUACAGGUGCAUGUCUAACUGCUACUGCAAUUUACAUGUUCAAGUUGCUUGAAUAUUUUCAUCUUUCUAUUUUAAUUUUGAGUGGAGUUGCGAUCUUACCCCAUGAGAGGUAGUUAGUACAUGGCCACCGUUAUUUGGUGUUACGAUAUUGUCUUACACGGUUGGAGACUUAUUAGUUUUUGAACAAAGCAAUAAAACAGUGACCGCAAUUACAGGCUACACAUGAUCGAUCUGAGACACUCUACCUAAUACCCUUUACCCACGCGAUGAUUUGUUGGCACUGUUUUGUUUUUUUUUUCUUUCUUUUUUUCCUUUUAUUUCCAAUUUAUUUUUUUAUUAUUAUGUGUUAUUUUUUUAUUACUUUCUGUAUUUUAUGUACGAUAUUUAAAACUAUCGUUUUCGCACCUUAUGGGCGCCUUUUAAUUUAAGUAUGCUCUCGGUAAAGAGCCCUUCAGGAAAAUAAUUUUCGGUAGAAUUCUAUGUUCAAUACUUUACGAGAUAUAUACUUUUCCUGUUUUUCCGAAAGUUGUAAUAGGUUAUGAACCGGUUUUCUACUUCUCUACAAGAAGAAGGUUGUUGUAAUUUUUGGUCCCUUUGGGGAUAAGAGGCUUCCUUUUUCUGAAACAGUAACUUUUGAUCAAAUAACCACUUUAAUGACAAGAACCUCGUUUUCCUCAUAAAAGACAGACUGGAGGACGCCUUCUGCAUCAGAAUUAAUAUAAUUUGUCUGAGUAAUACUUAGUAAUUAUUAGAUGCUGCUGAGUAUAUGAAUAAUUGUGAAAAUCGCGGAGGAUGCAAGGUUGACCUCGGUAGAAGACAUCGUCCGAAAUCUGCAUAAUUUUUCAUAAAAUGUGAAUUCCGAAUGCAGUUAUUGUCAGACUUUAUUACUCAUUCAAAAUAUUUCCCGCCCCGAAACAGGUUUACCUUUAUAAAAUGUUCUCGUCUUCAAAACUUUUGUCUGUUAGAUGUUCGUGUGACACAAAUGUUCGUUCGUCUUGUGCGUCGUUGGCGUUUUUGUGAGAGGCAAAAAUUAGCUGUUAAGCUACAGUGAAGGUUACCAAAAAGCUGGUUUAUUCAUCGCAAAAAGAUACAUCCAGUCGGUGAAUUUUAUUAAUCGUGCCUUAAAAAGCCAAAAACAGAAAUAAAAGAAUAGCAUUGUUUUGAAUUUGGUUUCGGCAAAUGAGUUGGUAAGGGUGCUUUGAUCACCGUAAGGGGAUUUCUCAAUGCCCUUACGGUGAUCACAAUAUUCCUCAUCAACUCAGUUGAUGUCAUGAACCCAAACGAGGGAGGAGCGUUGCGUGACGACUCAAAGAAUGACUGUGUAGCCGACUAAAAAUAACGCAGUACCACUGAGCCCUUCAUUCAUCUGUUGCUGUCUCCUCCGCAGAGGCUCACGCAGCGCUGGGUAUCCCUAUAAAAAUAGCAAUAAUCGAAAAAAUAGAAAGCGCGCGGGGGACGAUGGGAAGAGGGAAAAGGCGUUCCCCGCGCGCGCGCGUUCUUUUUCUUUCUCCCCAGCCCCCCCCCCCCCCCCCCCCCCCCCCCCCCCCCCCCACCCACACCCACACAAAACACAACCCACACAUCUAUUUUCCCACCUCCUAACCCCAUCCUCUCCCUCUCGCACAUUCGUUUCGUGUCAUCCCCUUUUUCUUACUAUCGACAUGUGACCUCCUACUCAUCUACAUUCCAACCUGAUUUUACUAGCAUCCAAGGCGGGACAGAGCGCGGGGGCGGCGAGAAAAAAAAAAAAAAAAAGAAGAAAAAGAGAGGGCGGGGGGGGGGGGGGGUGGGGGGGGAGGGGGCCCCCCCCCCCCCCCCCGUGCUUUUUCUUUUCCCCCCCCCCCCCCCCCCCCCCCCCCCCACAACACAAAAAGAGGCCUCAGUAACGCAGAUAUCCUUAGUCCUUUUUUUUCAGCCCCCUAAUUUGCCGUUUGUUUUCUCGACACGCGGUAGCUGCUCUUAAAACUUUAGCGUACGUUGUAAAGGCCAGCUUACUUUGUUACAGUCCUUAAAAAGCUUCUUAUUUGGAUAAAUGGGCUUCUUAGAAAAGUAUCCAUUGUCCUAUUAGAAAUUCAGUGAUAAUGAGCAAGGAAACAACUAUGAAUCGAGGCGUGAGGCUUUAGCAUCAAUGUUUAAUUUAAAAGCAGUUAAAGUGACCCAAGAAUUCACCUCCUUUGGUUAUGUUUGGAUUAAACAUAGCAGUUUUUAGUUUUCUAAAAGUGUUUUGGGCAGAUAAUUUUUCUUUUUCAAGACUUAUUACAAAAUACUCCAUUGUAUUACAAUUUACGACAGCUCUGCUCAGUGCAAUUUGCGACAACGUGUUAUUACAAUUUACGUCAGCCUGGUUAUUACACUUCUCGACAACUGUUUUUACAUUUUACGACAGGUAUUACAAUUUACGACAUUAUUACAAUCCACGACUGCCUAGUUCUCAUGAGCACGGAAUCAUAAGUUUCCCUCCCCAAUGCGAAAAAUCUUCGCGAGGUUUGUUGGUUAAUAAUGGCCUCCCACGCAGACGUUCUUAGGGGUUCGUCACGCGUUCCUGCCCCACAAAUCAGGAACGCGUGACGAACUCCUAAGAACGUCUGCGUAGGAUGGUCCCCAGUUUCCUCUCACGCCGGAGUCGGGAUUGAUUCGUGGUAGAGCCAUGUUCAACACUAUCUCGAACGCGCUCGUGCAAUGGCCUACCGUUGUGCAAUCUGCCAUCUGGUCACCCUCUGAUCUAACAAGUCCAAUAAACAGCACCACAAAUUAUGCUUCUAAAUAGCUUUUAUUUUAAGUUGCACUUUUGUAUUGCAUUCACAAUAAACAAGGCAGGCAGAUCCAUUAACAAACUUCAAGGAACAUACUAUUAACUCGUGUUCUCACUAGUAUUGAUGGUACAGCAUAUGGCCGGAAGGUACACGGUUUCGAAUGAUCCUCCUAAAUCUUAUUAUUUCAGAACUUCGCCUUACUGGGAUAAUGUAUCUUGAUGAAAGAUUUUUUUUUUUCUUAAAAUGGUACAAUCAUGUUGUUUAAAAACAACAUGAUUGUACCAUUUUAAGAAUGGGUUGUACUCAUGGAUGUUUUUAUUGAAAAGACUUUAUUUUUGGAUGUACUGGCAGUUCUCUGGAAAUCCAGCGUGGCGAACGUCAGACUGGCAUUGAUGCGCUUCUGUCGUCCGUUUAAAGCAGCUGAGGGAUCCUCAGGUUCGACUCUCGUGUUAGCAUUGACGCACCGGUUGUAAAGCGGGUGUAAUAUCUGGCGAAAACCCCGGCGGUAGUUUUCGAUAAAAAUCAGGUAAAUACAGGGAUUUAUUGCACUGUUGACGUGACCAAGGAAGAGGGCUGGGAAGGCUAGCGUGCACACCCUGGUUCGAAAACGAAAAAACAGAAUUGGAAAAAAGAAGUACAAACACCAACACACUGCAAAAUUGAACACGAUAACAAACAACAUAUUCAUCACUUUGCGGGUUCGUUUCAAACGAUUGUUGAAUUUGCGUCGAGUGUUUGUGAAAACUUCGCCAAUUGGCUUUCUGUUCUUGAGGGAGACCAGGACGGCGCCGUACAGGACAACAGUGAAGAACAAAGGGAUGACAUAAAACAUUACAAAAGCGAAUCUUACGUAAAAGUUGUUUGCCAUUUCGGAGUCAAAUUCCAGAGCACAGUGGGUUUUCUCCUCUUCAUCAAUGAUGAACCGAAGGCCAUGGAACAUUGGCGCUCGAGCAGCAAAGGCGGAAAGCCACACGAAGGCGAUUGCAGCGUACGCAACGCGGUUUGUGAAGACGCGUUUAAAUGGGAACAAGACAGCGAAGAAACGGUCCACAGCUAUGAGUAUAAGGGUCAGUACUGACACUGAAGCGGAGAGCUCUUGGGCAAACGGUACUAUCUUGCAGGAUAUGGCGCCAAGAUUUCCGUCAACUCCCCAGUUCAUUCCUAAGAACGUCCUUGCGAUCAUUCGCGGCAUGUAGAACACGGUGAUGAGAAUAUCUGCGGCGCUCAUGUUGACCACAAAAAAAUUCACAGGGGUUCGCAUUCGGCGGUUCUUGUAGACUACGGCAAUAAUGAGUGUGUUGCCGAUCAAAGACACAAGUAUUAAGAUAACAUACGCAAAGACCUUAAUCGUUUGGACUGCUACGGUGGAAUUUGGACGGCAAAACUGGUCAGCGAUUCUUGUUUCGUUUGAUGUGUUCAUAUUGGUCUUUUUCUCUGUUCUAGAGUCAAAGAGCGGAAGUGCCAGUGUUUUCUUUACCUGACCGACUUUAGGAAAACACUUGCCAACAGGAACUUUCCUUGUUGCUUGUAUUACGUCCACUGUACACAGCUUUCAAAAGUCUUUAAUAUUAGGAUGUACUUUGUGAACGAUUCUUUUGACGGAAUAUUACUCGUUAAUUUACCUUCACUUCAAAUUUUUCUUUUGAAGUCUUCGAAGGUUGCUUGUAUGUGACGCUUUAACACAGCAUAAUCAUUAACACGGACGGAACCUGACACUGUAUUCUCUGCUAGAAACAAGUUUCCUGUACGAGAAAAAAGUUGUUGCCGUUUUGCAGCCCAGCCUAGCCUUUUGGUUUAGCAGUUUAGGUCGGAGAAAAUUUGAUGUAUAAAAACGACUGAAGCACAACGUGCUGCUUUAACCAGUUGCUAGUCCGUCUUCCCUCAGUAUUACCGCGGUUUUAGCAGUUUGUGAGGUGGAAGAUGUCGCUGAUAGUCACUGAUAUUUACUUUAUGUGACGUUUUUGAAUAAGCACUUAAAGGUGGGCAAACUACCUGCAGGCAAAGAAAAAGUUGCUGCUGUUUUCUGUUGUAACUCAGUGUACCCCAGUUUUAUGUCGGCCUGAAGUGUUUUGUGUAGAAAGCUGAAAGCUGUACAAGAACAGUGGCGUACUGUUUGCCGCCCCAGUCUUAAGAUUGACAGACGGAUGUCGCAGAUGGAAAAUUCCGUCAAGAGGAAUGGCGUGUAAAAACAUCGAUGAUCAUCAAACGAGAGGCUGGUGAAAACAAGUCAACUGGAAACGUAGACUUGCCCAAAAGUGGACUUAUACGAGCGACGAAAUCAAGAGAAGCUUUCUCACCGGAGCAAGGACCAACCAAAGCGGAGUUUUUGAAAUCUACUUCAAACGCAGCUGUUGGCUUUAUCAUAUUACUUUAAGUAUCGCAACAUAUACAUCUGAGGCUUCCUAGUUCAAACCAGCCAAUUUUUUUCAUAACCUUCUUUUGCGUUUCCUUUUCGAAAAAACGACGCUUAUUUCUUCAUAGAAAUAAAAUAACCUUUCAUUUGCGUUAAAUUGAAACACAAACUAACGGAAAAGCAUAAAUUUCAUUACCCUUCCCUUUCCCCGAUGCACCUGUCGACUAUUUAAACAAGCGAGCUUUGACUUAAAACAAAAAAAAGAAAGAAGAGACCUUCCAAAACACGUUAUUUCUUUCUUUCUUUCUCGUUUUUUUUUUGUUUUGUUUUUUGUUUUGCAGGAAAGAACAAAGUACGAGGCAUUCGGUCAAUUUCACAAAGAGUUGCACAAAAUUAAGAAACACAGUUUUCGGUUCUUUGAACUGUGUCCACGAAGCCAACACCCGUACAAAAGAACACAUUUUGACAGUAAAACCAGGAAACGAAAAAACAAAUGUUUGUAUGUCAGCGGCACGUUAAGUUGUUAAAUCAAUACGUAAGAACACGAACUUAAAGCCUCACUUUUUAGUUUUCACGAUUUUUCUGUACUUGUAAUUAAUCGUUCGUGCAAAGGUAAACAUGUACUAAGGGUUUUUUUAAAACCCUUUCAUUUAUUGGAUGGCGUAACUCGUUAUCUUUAAGUGGAAAGGACACCAAACACAAUAUAUAAACAAAAAAAUUUAAAAAAUAUAGUAGUGGAAAUCGAAUACGUGUUUUUUUUUAGUUGGAUACAUCCUCUGCCCGUCGAAUCUAAAUAAAUAAAGCACAUGAUUUGAUUUUAAAAUUUUGGACUUUCUCAAACUUGACAGAUGUCUAAACUUAAUGUGAAACUUGUUUAGAAUCGAGUAACGCCAUAGUAAUCUUCUUUAUUACAGUUUGUUCUUAAAUUAAUUCUGAACAUCCAGAGUUGCGCGCUCUGUAGAGAAGCGGACCGAGUUUCCUACCGUUCUAUAUGUUAUGGCGUUCUUCAACAGUUUUCUCUUUGUUAAAGUUACUUAUUUAACUGCACAGCUGAGCGAUCAGUUCUAUUUUCAGAAGGAUCCAAAUGUACGUAAUUUCGAUAUAGUUUAAAAGUUUCAAAAUUCUUGACAGUUUGAUUCGCUUUGUGUAAACGUUUCCUCUUCCUCGACGCACGCAAAACUCAAGGAAAAAAAGGAAAAUCUGCAAUUUUUUCUUUCGCCAAUUGUAAAAGAAAAUGCCUUAAACUCGGAAGUAAGAGAAAGAACACUUUGAUCAUCCGCUGCCUUUAUCAGUCUUUGUCAGGCCACAGUUCCCAACGUAUUUCUGGUUUAUUUACGGUAAUGUUCCCAUUCCCCCCCCCCCUCCCCCCCCCCCCCCCCCCCCCCCCCCCCCCCCCUCCCUCCCCCACACACCCACAAAUCAAAGCGUUUUCACAUAAUCACAAUAAAAAAACAUACCCCACCCCUCAUCAACCCAAACAUCACUACCGCACCUAUAAAGAACACUGUGAUCAUGCGUUGUCUUUAUCAGUCUGUGGCCGGCCACAGUUCCCAACGUAUUUCUGGUUUAUUUACGUUACUGUUCCCAUUCCCCCCCCCUCCACUCCCUCCCCCCCCCUCCCUCCCUCUCUCCCUCAAAAACGUAACUCGCCUUAAAAAAAAGGUUUUGACUAAGCGCAAAAUUACAAAAUAUGCUCCGCAACAUUACAACCUUAACCCUUUAAGCCCUAAGAGAGACCAGCAUCAAAUUUAUUCUUGCCAUAUUGAACAAAUUUUCCCUACUACUCCUACAGGAAAUGUUUGAGGACGACAAAUAAGAAUUUCAAUUUUGAUUUGAGAGUUUAAAGGGUUUAGCCGCAUGAUCCAAGGCCAAGUUGCCUUUCCAGCGGGUUAUAUAGGGACGAUGCCCUCCUUUUCGUCAUAUUUUUUUUUGAGAAUAGCCUAUGUUUUUUUUCAGUGGGUGAAGUUCCAUACCUUUUGAACAGUGCUAAAAUAAUAUUAUUUAUCUUUUUUGUAGAUGCUGGUAGAAGACCUGUUUGGCGAGGUAGCCACGGAGCGCGAGGUAGAAAAGAUUGCCAACAAAAUCCCAGAGGCUAAAACGUGCAAGAGCUUUGACACUUUUGAGAUUCUUGGUAAAUUUGUUGGGACGCAGUCAUUAACUGUUCUGGUUUCUCCUUUGAAAGAGGUUUGUCUUAGCUACCAUAACACCGUUCAGAUCGAGAUAUUACUUCACGUUAACUGCAGAUCAAGUUCUCAGUUAUAGAUGAAAUUUUAGGAUUAAUAUGGGCAAUUAAGCGGAAACGAUGUCUAAGACAAAGACUUGUGAUUUCUCCUGUGAUAGAAGUAAUGUUUAAGAUAAAAAAAAAGCACCAGCCAUUAUUUGGACAAAGGGUUAAAUGUGCAUAAAUUACAUAAGAGAUUGUUAUUGGGGAGCAAGUGUGGGGCAGUGGUGAGAGCAACCGCCUCCCAGUAAUAUGACCUGGGUUCGAGUCCUGGAAUCGAUGCCAUAUAUGGGUUGAGUUUGUUGUUGGUUCUCUCCUUUGCUCCGAGAGGUUUUUCUCCGAGUACUCCAGUUUUCUUCCUCUCGUCAAAAACUAACACUUCCAAAUCCAUUUCGAUCUGGAACGCACAAGCCUGCGUCGCAGACUUAGUUUAACCUUAAUUAAGUCUGCGAAGCAGCGCUUAGAUCCUUGUUCUGGGCCUCCAUCUAACUCAACGAAAUACCGGAAGUGCAUUGUCGAAUUCCCUUUCAUCCUGAUUGGUAAAUCCACAAUGGCUUUUUUAACAGACCAAUCAUGGCGCGUACUCAAAUCCUGGUACACAGGUGAGGGCCCAGAACAAGGAUUUUGAGGCUGUUUCGCAGACGGACUUAACAGAGUUAAGUUUCGUCUGUGUCGCAGGUUAGACCGCCCGUCACGUUUAAACGAGUUCGUAAGAACUCCUAAGUGCUUCGUGGGUAAUUUACAAGUUUUACAAUGCCAUAAUCUUGAGAACUCCAGGUCACCCAUCCGAAACAUAACCAUCAGGACACCAUCACUUCGUUAACAUUUCGUUUUUAUUGUUUUUCUUUCUUGGGAUAUCACUUGCAAAAGAAAGUCUCCUACUCUCCUUGGCAAACGUCCGUUUCUUCUUUUUGCAGGUUCUUGACUCGACGCAAAGUCACAAAACAGCUCGUAAAGUGGAGGAAGUCUUGAGAAGAAUUGGAGUUGGCCUGCAGUCGAACCCGAGCGUCACACCGCAGAUAAUGCUUAUUUUCAUCCACGGACUCACUCACGAUAACAUCCCUCUUUUAAAACCCAAACGUGUGUAAGUAACGCGGCUGUUCAGUAGAUUAUGUAGUAUUUAUGUAUUACCAGCUUCUUCUCACAAGCCUAAGCAUAUUCAAUUCACUAGCGUAGAAGAUAUAGGACCAGUAAAGAGUUUAGCGACUGUGAACAGAACCUCGUUCUGAGUCAUUUUCAAUUUGGAUAGUUGUUUACUACAGACAAGGUCAAUACGACAAACAGCACCUGAUGGCGCAUGCUUCAAAACAGUUCUUUCAUUAUUACUGAAGCUUUGUUAGAAACUGAGAGUAGACUAACACUGAAAACUUAAGCUAAUGAGAUAGUUAAGCGUUAGACCGGCUCUAAGAUUUGAGGGAAAAUGCCAUUUGAAAAAAAUAAGAUCUUAAAUAAUUUUUUUUUAAGUCACUUUUUCUCACACGAUAAGUCUUCAGGUUUACUAUCCUUAAAAGUGGAUUACUUCAUCAAACAAGUUUCUGUCUAUAAAUGUCCUAUCUUCAACAACUUUCCUGACGAAUGGGGCACCUCCUUAGCCGUCUUCUAUCCACGCUCUCUUUUUUGCUUGAUGUAACCUUAGUUUAUUUUGCCCAUUUUUUCUUUUUUUCUUUUUUUCUUUUUGUAACUAAGAGAAAAGAAAGAGACUUCAGUACCACCCGAUCCCAGGCUUCACCCCGCCAGCUCGUUACUGCUACCAGCCACCCCUACACGGGGAGGAAAUGUGCCAGUGACAAGCACGAAGACGAAUCAUCACAUUUUAGUUGAGUUCGGUCUACAGGUAAAAUCACGAUACCAUUUUGGUGCCGUUACAUUUUAUUUUGGUUUACUAUACUUUACUUUACUUCACUUCACUUCACUUCACUUCACUUCACUUCACUUCACUUCACUUCACUUCACUUCUCUUGAGAAGAGAAGAGAAGAGAAGAGAAGAGAAGAGAAGAGAAGAGAAGAGAAGAGAAGAGAAGAGAAGAGAAGAGAAGAGAAGAGAAGAGAAGAGAAGAGAAGAGAAGAGAACUCCUCACUUCACUUCACUUCACUUCUCUUCUCUUCUCCUUACUUCACUUCACUUCUCUUCUCUUCACUUCACUUCACUUCACGUCACGUCACUUCACUUCACUUCUGUUCACUUCACUUCACUUCACGUCACUUUACUUUACUUCUCUUCGCUUCACUUCAAUUCACUUCGCUUCGCUUCACUUAACUUCUUUUCACUUCAAUACAUUAAUUUUUCCUCAGUUUUCUUCGGUGCUCAUGGCAUAAGCGUUUCGGCAUUGGCAGUCGGUCAAUUUCCAAUCGCUGAUCAUUAAAAUUGUUCUGUUCACAGUUGCUGCAAACGAUGCUGAAGCACGGUAAAAUCUCCUCGUCAGACCAGGACCAUCAGCGGAUGUUGGAUCCUUUUGUUGAAUUGCUUACUGGCUGUCUUAAGUCAAAAUACAACAAGGUAUUGUAGUAAAAUCUUAUACAGCUGCCUCGAACUCGUCCACUAGCGUCUUUCCUUGCUCCUGCUUGGCGCGUAGUGUUGUGAGAAGGUGUACCUUGCGUAUUGUAUUCUUCAUGUAUUCUCCAUGAGACCGAACGCUGUUUUCGCUGCACUUGAUGACCAGGAAGUUUACACAGACAAUAGCUAAUUUCGAUUUUAUGAUAACAGAAAUUUAUCUUGAAUCCAAGUGGGCUCAAAGAAAGCGGAUAUUUGAGAAUCCCGAUUUUACAAACCUUUCGGCGAAAAGGAAAUUGCCCCGAAUUAUCGGGAAGUUUUAAAAAAGAGGUAAAACUACUGCUUUGACUGCGGAACAGGAAGGGAAUUUAAUCUUGGUUUGAACCAUCGGGAGAUUCGAGGGUAUAAGUAACCGGAAUUUUUUUUUCUUUUUAUCCAGUUUUACUCAUCCACUCUUUCUUGGCCUCCACAGGUGGUAACAAUCUCUCUUCGUUGCGUUAGCUGGUUAGUUAAGUUUCCCUUGCCUUCUUUAACACGCUGUGUUCCAACAAUGGGAAAGCUACUCUUCAAAUUACUUAAGAAUUACGCUAAAGCUGGAGCCAAAGUUGGGGAGAACUUUGAAAUGGUUCUCUCCGCCUUUAAGGUACGUUUCCUUUCUCACAUUAAAACUUUUUUGGUACCUCUCUUUGCAAACGUAGCUCUUUAUAACCGACGUUUUAACCAUAUCGUGCCUUGCCGUGACUUGAAGAAAGAAAACCUUUUUUGUUUAGCAAAGUUUUGAUCGAUUUUGGGGUUGUUAUAUUGCCGGUGUAGAGGAUGUGGCAGUUUUCUUCUAUUUCAAUCAGACGCAGAUAGUCUCAUUGCUAAGUUUAAUCACAGUCAUUUUAAGUAUUAUAUAACGUUAAAAGUAAAAGAUGAAAAUUUGUUGAAUAUAUCGUCUGUUUCUGCUUGUGUUUUGUCGUGAUAUAGUUGACCCUGUAAUUGACUUUUUUCAUUUACUCUUUGAAGCUUUAAUUGUGACACUUCAAGGAAGUUUUUUUUUUCAAAGAAAUAAUAGAGGCUAUCUUCUUAUCUAAUAGUUUUAUCAAAUUGUUUUAUAAUUUACUGUUUUGUCGUCCUCAGGCCAUGACCGUGAUUAUACGGGACUUCAAACAAUAUACAGUGACUGAGAAGCAUCUGCAAGCAUUGUUAGGUUUUGUAGAGGAAGACAUUCACGAUCACACUAAGCAGGGCACAGCUUUUCCUCUUCUGAAGGUACGUUCAAUGAUAUAUGCUUCUGAAAAGUGCUCUUAGUCCUGAUUAAAAACAAGCCGCUGCUGCUGCUGCAUCCCCGGUUAAAACUCGGGCUGCAGCGACGGGAAGAUAUAAGCUUAAAGAAAGAGCCAUUCUUCCCUUAUAAGGCCUGUUUCCUUUGGGUAUUUAUUUGUUCACCAUAGGGGCUAUUUUUCUGGUGUAAAAUUUACUUUCAUCUUUAAGAUAUUAGGGAGGUUAAGCAACCACGACGAAGACGAUGACGUUAAAGUCAAAAAAACUAAUUAGUUUUAUGAGCAAAACGACAGCUCUGCACGUGUAUCACGCUUUUUAGUCAAUUUCUUUAACGUCCACUGCACGACUACGACGUGAGACCUCCUAAUGCCACGAUUUAUGAAAGACUUGAACAUACGACGACGAAUUUUCCGUUUUCUUUUUUAACCUGGGUUAAUUCCUUAAGAAUUCAACUCGGGAAAAAUUGCCUACAUUUGACAAAUUAAGCGGGUCCAAAUAGAGGUGAAAAAGUUUGAAAGGACGCAAAUUCAUUUUUAGCGACGUUUUCACUGCCGUCGCCGUCGUUGCUUAAGCUCAACUUAAGCUCUCGAGCGUUGAGAACUAUGACUUAACUUGCUAGUUAUAACUCCACAGGCAAUUCUCUCAAGGAAGCUUGUAGUACCAGAAAUCCAUGACGUCAUGUGGAAGGUUGGACAGCUGUCAAUCACGGGUAGCUCACCUUCAGUCCAGCUUCAGAGCAGGCAGGUGAGAAUACGGAACGUUGAUUAAAACCAGAUCCCUGUCACCGUUGUUAUCUUUGUUUUAGUCGAGAAAAUAGACCCCUCCAAGGUUUAUUUCAACUUUUGACAUGGAAAAGUUAGGGAAAAUUCGCCGACACCACUGGAAAGAGCGCCUUAAUGUUAGUAAACUUGCCAAAUUUGAAAGUGAUAUGUCUUAAACGAGCAAAGAUAUUGCUCCGUUAAGUUGCGAAUAUUUACACGUCUGUUAAAAUUUCUAGCCUGAGGAAACAGCCAACAUUUUGCGACUCUACCACUGGUUUCCCCGCCAAAUGACGUCUGAGAAACGAGCUCAGAAAUUCCAUGCUGAAACUAGAUCUGGGUAGUGCUUCUGAUUGGUUGAAUCAAAUUUCCCGUGCAGCACGACCAAUCAGAAGCAUUACCCAGAUCUGAGUAGUGACGCGUCAUCAGUAUGGAAUUUCUGCGCUCGUUUCUGAGACGUCAUUUCGCGGGGAAACCAGUGGUGGCUUCGCAAAAUGUUGGCUGUUUUCUCAGGCUAUAAAAUUUCGCGUCUUUAAGGAACUAUAUCUACGAUAGUUUUCGACAAAUCACCUUCAAACUUGACAAUUUUACUAACUUAAAGGCGCUCUUUCCAGUUGAGUCUACGGAUUUUCCCUAACUUGUCCAUGUCAAAAGUUUAGAAAAGAUAGAAAACGUGGAAAGGUCUAUUAACCUUGUUUCUGUCGCCAAGUGUACUACGGUUCUUGAAAAUUCCUUUCCCGAACAAAGGUCCUUGUCACCUGGACUAGCACUGCAAAACUGCUAACCAGUUAUGGCAGUCUUGCAUUUUUGUCAACUUGCCUGGAUACUAACCUACAAAGAGUAGGUUCCGAAAUUAAACGAGGGAGAAAUGUAUGUGUCAUACUGUACACGUCUAGAAAAGGCGUGCUUUCUUUUUAACAACUUACAUUUUGUUUACAGUGUAUGCUCCAAUUCUUGCUGGACUAUCCACUUGGGAAAAAGCUUCAAAGAUAUCUGGAAUUUUACGUUUCUCAGUUGAGGUAAGGGCUCUUUGUUAUAGACAUUGUAAUUAAUGCUCGACUAUUGUCAGCGGCUAAAAGUGGAAAAAAGAGAAGGGCGAGAUAAAGCAAACUAAACAUUAACGAAAAUUAAAUUGAGAAAUCAUAACUUGAGAUUAAUAUUUUGAUGGUUAAAAGCAUCUUACGCUUACAACUUUAAUAACCAAACCUCAUUUCAACAGACAAUAGACAUCUUUUGAUUUGAGGACGAGGACGAGUUUGGUAUUAAACAUAAGUUUUUUCGCGUAUUCUCGAAAAAUAUUCAACCCGGAAAGCUUCAUUGUACUACUUUUCACCUGAGAAAUUAGUGAGGAUAUCUUUAUUGGAGAAGGUUGAACACUUUCCCGGUAGCAAAAUGAUUAAACUUCUAAAAUUUGACAACUUGUUCUCUCCAAUACGACGUUCUCGCUAAAACUCGUAGUAGAAUGAUGACGGCUAUCACGUUUUCCCGCUAAAAUGACGCUGGUUCUCGCGCGUACACUACUUAGUAAUGCGAAAAUCUCGUACACGUAGUCUUCCUCGUCUCAGAAUCUAAAGCUCUCUAAUGUUUUUUUAAAAAGACGUAUGUUAACCCUUAAAGUCCCAAGAGAGAUCAACAUCAAUUUUCUCCUAACAAUUUCAAUACAUCAUCAAGAGAAAAGGUUAGGAGAAUUAAGAAAAUGAUCAUAAAAGGCAAAAUGCUCUGAUUCUUCUUUCAACUUAAUCUAUAAGAAAAUGAAUCAAUGGAGAUUCGCGUCUGGAGAAUUUGUAUAUGGGUUUGUAUGUGGGUUUAAUGGGUUAAGAAGGAUAAAGGUUAUGUUACAUUUACGUUUACGAUCACGUCAUUCCGUUCAGGGCCAGGCUGGCGAACGCCAAAAUUUAGUACUCAGCAUUUCAUACAAGUAAAUGGCUGUAAUCACGUCUGUUUACAUCAAUAGCUGCUCUAUGUGACUGAGGUGCUCUGUUCUCGUUAAAACUCAUUUCUGACCGUUUAUUUUUUUGAUAACUAAAGACUGAAACGAAAAAUACAUAACAGUUCUUAACUCAACGUCAGCAGUGUCAACUUAUUCUUUGCUGUUUCAUUGAAGCUAUGAACAUGAGACAGGCCGUGAAUCAGCGCUGGAAAUGCUGGCAUCUAUGUUUUCUUCAUUUCCCGAGGUAAGAAACCAUUUUCACUGAUGUUACAAAGAAAGUAAACUAACUUAAAACUGCUAAGAUGGCUUUACUUAAACCCAGCUUAGAGAUACAGAGUUGGAUGGGACACGCGUGGAGAAACGUCAUGAAACAGCCCAACAUAAAAAAGGAUACUUCUUUCCUUUUUAUAUGACAUUUUAUUUUCUUUCAGGUGAGACUUCAACACUCACUAUUUUCUUGUCCAACUAGAUUUAGGCUACGGCCACACGAAUCCGGGCAAUUUUAAACAACAUAUUAUUUUUUACCCACACUGUAAAUCAGAAAGAUCUGUUUUCGCCCUAAAAAUUGGUCCGUUUUCUGUGAGUAAAAUACAGUCCUAUUUUUGAGUCUAAUUUGGCUCCCUUAAAUCAGGGCCAAUGCAGUGUAAUUACCUACGGCUGAUUCGGACCCAAUGGCUGAAAUGGGCCCCAGCAUAGGCUGGAAUAGCCUUUUGGUUGAGCUGUUUUGGCCAAAAUCAGUGUCCUCAAAUGGCUCCAGAAGGGGCUGAAUCAGACUUUGGCCUUCAGGGCUAAAUUGACACUUUGGGGCUGAAACAGAACUUUUUAAUUUUCAGUGCAGAUUCUUGUUGACGGGGCCUUAAACCACUCUGGAGUUCGGCUUCAAAACGAUACGGAUUGGGUGACUAAAUUCACUGGUUUCGUGUGGACGGAAGGCAGUUUCGUGUCAAAAACAAAAAAAAUGCAGUUUCAAAAAUGUCCGCGGAUUCUUGUGGACGGAGCCUUAGUAAAAUAGCUGUGUUGUAUGAGCAACUUUUUGUUUGUUGUCGUCAGCUCGUUUACAUGUUCAAGUGAACCCUUUGGUAGUAAAGAUUGUUUCAUGUUCUUCGGCGAAAUUAACUCCAAACUGGAAUGAUAAUUGUUUCUGAUCACUAUUGAUUUUUCUUCUAGGAUUUACUGUUUGACUAUGCUGGUUUCUUCUUUAUACCGCUGACUUCUCGCUUGGUGAACGAUGACUCCGCUGGUUGUCGUAAGCUGACAGCACUUGCUAUCAAGUCACUUCUAGAGAAGGUGGAAAUGUUUUUAAAAAUAUUUACGAUUUCCAGACGCAGUUAAUAUAAUUGGUGGUCUUCACUAUGGCUAAAAAAGAGGGCUUAAAAAUAUCGCGGACAAUAUUACACCCGAUCAGAGAAAUUCAUGAUUUCACAACUCCGAAUAGAGAGCAUAAAAAAGGGAGGAACCCAUCCAUUAGCUUUCCUUCCCUGCCAUCCUUUCCUGUUCAAUGAUAACACAACCGCGAUAGUGCCAGGGGUAGAGAGGGUGAAGUAAAGUAGGGUUCUUACCAUUUACACAAACCACCCGGGUGGAAAUAUUGUGCAUAAACAUUAUACUAUAAAAUUUGACGUGAUGGAAGAAAUUUCCACUACAAGGUAUAUCCAAAUAAGCUGAACCGUCUAAAAAGAGUAGAAUAGUUGCUUUGUCUCAUAUCACAUCCCAUGUUUUCUGAAGCUUCCCAAACGGGAUGGCGAAAACCAUUUGAUUACCGGUAUCUAACCAGAAUUUCCGGUUUUCCCAUGUAAAUGUUAAGUAACCUAGGCCGAACCCAUUAUAGUUUUGUUAUAGUGGCACAUAUAUAGUAUCUUUCUACCUUAGUUAUUUUUUCGUCAAACGCUUUCCUGGUAGUUUUAGAGUAAAGCUUUUCCUUCUUUUCGUUCUUCCUUUAAGGUAAUAUUUUUAAUUCUCUUCUUUUGCUUUUAUCCUUAGCUUGAUGCGGAUCAAAGACAGAAGUUAUUUUCCAUCGUUCUGUUAUGGUUCAAAGAUGAAAAGGUAAAAAGAUAAGGUUUACUUAGAUUAGUUUUUCUUCUCUGUGGCCUUUUGAGGUCAAAGAGAUCCAAAUAUAUUUCCUUAAGUAGAGCACGCGUCUAAAUAUGGGGCAGCUUCGGUUUAACAAUACCGUCAAUAAACAGGACCAAGGCACAUUUACAUGGGAAAAAGCCCCUUGUGAACGCUGUGCCCGCUUUGAGUGUAAUUAAAAGUUUCUUUAAAGAACUUCCUCAAGUGUGGAAAGCACUGUUUCGUCGUAAUGUGGCAAUUUGGUCGUGACGUGGAUUACGAAUGGGAGGUAGAAAAAUCAAAUCUGACAAUCCUAGUACAGUUACUUAAUCGCCUGAUGGGGACUAUCAAAAAGUAGUCAACGUCGCGGUGAACGUCAGAGACGCUUAGUAAUUAUUAUGUUUUCCAGAAUUAGCAGGCUACUGUUUUUAUGUUAUUUCUCUUCACUUUGUUUUCAUAAACUUCUAUGGGACGUUUAUUACCAUACACUGUUGACGUCUUUUUUCUUUUCAAUUUUGUUUUGUUCUCUCGCAGAUCAGUCUACGGCGUCUUGCUGCCCAAGUCUCUGGCUUAUUCGUCGAAGUUGAAGGGAAGAAUUUUGAGAGAAGACUUGGUAGUGUACUACCAAUUGUUUCAUGUCUCAUAGCCCCGGAAGAGUACGAAACGGUACGUAGGUAGCUCUUCAGCGCACUGGCUUUAGCUUCUGAUUACUUUAUUUUAAAAGACAUAUGAGUUUUCAUUUCACUUUAUUUGCUUAAUUUAACUGUAUGAAAGUUAUAGCUCGCGAGUUUAGCCGCCAGGCAGGAAAUGAAGUUCUUCUCCGUCAUCAUUCGUUAAUACUUCAGAAUUUGCCGCGGGGAAAGUCUAACCUUACAAGUUUCUCAAACUUGUUAGUAAAUCCAAAUAUAAAAGAAGGAAGGGGGUCAUGCGUUUUAGCUUGGCGAGGUAUUUGAUAAAAAAUUCUCUUUUUGCCGCCUAUAUCUCUCUUUCAAAAUCAUUUUGUUUGUGACUGAUGGCGACCUGGGACACAGUGUCAAACCCGUCGUAUUUUCAGUUGUCCUCUCGACUCAGUGUUUCAUAUGUUAUGAAACACUCUUUACCGUUUCUGAUACUUUACGGGAAAUUUGUUGGUACAGGAAGAAAUCGUGGAAGAAGAAGCAGACGUUAAAGGAUCCGGAAACAUUCAGCGCAUCAAAGAUCACCUGCUUUUUAAUACGCUUUCUCUUCUGGCCAAAAUAAUUAAAGAAUGUCAAGUUAUCAAGAACCCAAGCAGGCAACAGGAUAUGACUAAAAUUUGGGGUAAGGUUUUGACAAGUGACAACUACUAUAAAGUAACAUCUAAAAUUGCGUCUCGCGAGCUCCUUGAAAUGAUUGUCGGUAUGUAUGUUAACUGAAUCACACACGAAUAAAGCGGCCCGGAAAACAUAUAAAAUUGAUUACUGUCAAACCCCGUUAAUACGGUCGACACUGAAGAGAUCAUAGAAAGUGUCCUUUUUAAUGGGUUAUGUUAUUUAAGUCAAAAAACACUUUUUGUUAGAACAAAUACUAAAACAAAUAAAAGAGAAAGUUAGCACCGUCUAAUUAAACAUUUAAAACUGUUUUUGUGACAGAAUCUGUAGAAGCGCACCUACUGCAUCCACAUUCCUGGGUAAGACUAAUUUCCAGUCGACUGCUCGGUUUGCUGUUUGCCGCGUGGAAACCCGAGGAACUGGUGACUAGUUUCCAGAAGAGAAGUGCGGCAGUGAAAUAUCUACAGGACGGUUUACCUGGAAAGGUAUGACCACUUGUAUAACAAGCGAUUAAAAAAAAACCGUGGUCUUAAAUUAUAAUUAGUUAUGUGCCCCUUAAAAAGCAUUGUCAUGGUUUCAAAGCCGGACUUGAAUGCUCAUCACAGCGUACUAUGAAGCAUUUUUUGACCGCGCAGCUUCUGAAACGUUUCAAGACGUUCAACUGAGUAGUCACACUGAGUAGUCAAUAGUCAACAGAUGAUAGUUUACUAGAAGAAGUUGAUUUUGGUACAAGAUACACAAGCCUAUUUUCUUUGCCGUCCGACCCAUGUUUCUAUACUAAGCUUCCUACUUUAGUGUCGGCAAUACAACUGAUAAAACGGAAAGAAUAGUGAACAGGUGAAAUGAAAAGUCCGGAUCUAUGGCUGCGUUCUAAGCGUAUUACAAUGUAAGUUGUAGUCAGACAUUGACUGCAUGUGAUGGCUAAUACAUUUUAAUGUCAAGAGUUCAUGUGUGAAAUGUUUUGGUUCAACAGCCUAACUCCUUUGUUUUCACCUGUAUAGGUAGCCAAACUGUGUGGAGAUAUGUGUUUGCAACUUCGUUCGCCACUUUUGGAAAACGAAUUGGGAGAACAGGUGAGAAAGAGCAUAUCCACUCUCAACGAUACUGACAUGGUGAGAAUGAAACAAUUAAAGGAGCUGUAUCUAACAGAAGAAACUGCCACUAAAUUGGGUGAAACAUAAAAAUAUUCGCUCAUAACACUAAAAGAAGAUAUUAAUAACACCCAAAUAAAAACGUAGGCACGGAUGGACAAACUUGAAGAAGAUUAAAAUGGAUUGAAAUGGUUGGUUUUUGAAACGUUCUCAGCCUAGCAGUUUGUCAAACUUCAUUUUUGUUGUUUGUAAUGUUCGAUACAUGCUGGGGAAGUAUAUAUUUGUUGGACAUGAAGCUGUUGUUUUGUCGUUUUCAAGUAAUUUCUUCUUUAACGUUAAGUUCCAAGGUGCAUAAGAAAGUGCAUAAGUAAUUGGUAAUAUUAACAAAAUGAACUAGACAGCCGUGAAACAGCGACUUUAAGAAUUGUAUCAAUUCGAUUUACUCAUUUUUCAAACAUGUGAUUUUAGGCUCAAAGCGCCCAAUCAGGCAAUCACUGUACUCUUCGCUAUAAUUAAGGACGCCAGUCAUGGAGCAACCUUCCUUACCAAUAAGACAAGCUAAAAAUAUUGAUUCUUUUAAACGUUCACUUAAGACUUAUCUUUUUUCUUAGGCAUUUUGUUAAGAUUUUAGGUACAUUUUUUUAGAACACCUGUAUAUAUUUUACCGAACAGGUAAUCUUACAUAUAGAUAUAUUUUUAUCCUUAAAGACCAGUUAUCAUUGUAAUGCGCUUUUGAUUAUGAUUUAUAUAGAAAGGGAACCCUAUAAAAAAUAAAUGCUGUUGUUGUUACACUGUAGAAAACCUCGCUGAAAUGCAUUUUCCUUCUUGUUUAGAUUGUAAAAAAUUUGGUUUUCUUGGCCAAGACACUGCAGCUUUUAGAAAGUGAAUCGAGAGCUAAAAAUCGGCAAAAGGAGUUGGCUUCUAAUGGUGAAAAUGAGGGUACUAAAGAAGCAGAAAAUUUCACUCUAAAGAACCUCUUGGAUAAUAUGAAUAAAAUGGCAACACUGGAAGCGUCACAAACUCCGAAACACACUCAAAAGGUUAGUCAAGAAUUGAAGCAGACAACCUUUUGCUAACCCUAAAUAUAACUACAAUUUUACCAUAGUAUUGCGUUGAUAUGUAAAUUGUGCGAUUUUUUGUGUAUUAUUUUUUGAUGGUCUGUUGUUCUAGGAACGUAUACUGUGGGAAGAAUAUACAGCUAUUUCAAUUAACGGUGUCGGAAAGCCCUCAUCACAAGACCGCAUAACAAUUUGGGCUUUUCAUGAAAUAUUUACCAAACUUAAGGUGAUGUUACACGGGACGAUUCGCAAUGAAAAUCUUUAGCGCAACACAGCUUUGCAAUGCUAGAACAAUGUUGUAACUUUUUGAAACAAUGUCGCACCAAUGUUGCAACGCUGUCUUGCCCUAAAAAUCGUCGUUGCGAAUCGUCUCGUGUAACAUCACCCUUAAGACCCCUGUUUACGCGGGUCCAGGCAAAGUUUUGAACGGACGAAUUUUUUUACCUGUGCAGCCCGUUUACAUGGAACCGUGCAAAUUCUGCUACAGAUUGCAGUACUGUUUACACGAGUCCAUACAAAAACUUGCAAGGUUCCGCGCGUCCCGUGUAAACGAAAGGCGGAUCCGCGCAAGUUUUUCAGUGUCCGUUCGAAAAUUUGUCUUGACCCGUGUGAACAGAAUCUUAGCCUAGCUUGCGUCGUAGACGUUAUCAAAUAAUCAGAAGUUUACUUGCGUCUGCUGCGCAAGCUAAACUCAGCCUUAUAUCAAUCCAGGCCUGGGUGGCAUUAACAUCUGCGAAGUCAUGACCGAAUUGCAAAGGAUUUGUAGCUACUUUGCGGUCUUUUCGCUUAGGGUUGAGGCCUAAAAAGUCUGGGCCCAGUUGUUAGAAGGCCGAUUAGCGCCAAGCCGGGAUGAACUUUUUAUCCAGGUUUCUUUUUCUUUGGUUAAAAAGCGCUUUCUCGGAUAAUUUUCUCUGUUCUUUUUAGAGCAUCCAAACAUUAAAUUGUAGACAAGACGAAUUAAAGUGAAUUUGCUUUUUAAAAUUUAAUAUCUGAAUUCAAAUUUCGCACUAACCCUUGGUUAUCUUACCCAGCUUUUAACAACCCGGCUUGAUGUUUGUUGAAAUCAUAACUGUGUAUGGAGUUUUUCAGGGUACUGUUUGUCAGUCGCGGGAGUCGCGGGAGUUGUCAUUCAAUUUAACCAAUUUAAUUUCCCCAUUUGUUGUCUACCUUGUAGAGAGCAUGCGUAUUAAAAUGGCUGGCUGCAGUGUCUAUUAGUUUGGGAAAAGACUCCACUGAACUUUAUCUUCAGGACAUUCUCGGCCCAGUCCACAGAGAGCUAGAUAUAGUCACAACCUAUAAAGGUAAUCACUUCUUACGCACUUUCCCUGUAAUAACACAUCUUGGUCUGUAAAUAGGAAAGGUUUUCCCUUGAGUGAGUACAAACUUGUUUCUUUCUUGUUGUACGUUAGUAGGUAACGCACUAAAAAUGUAAUCAAUUCUGUGAUAAGUUAGCUUGAGAAAACAGCCGACAUUUCGCAACACCUUCACUGGUUUCCUCGCGUAAUGAGGUUUCAGAGACGGGCGCAGAAAUUCCAUACAUAUGACGCGUCACCACCCAGAUCUGGGUAGAACUUCUGUUUGGAUGAAGUAAACUUUCAACCAGUCAGAAGCGCUACUCUGAAGAGCGUAGUGGCACGCCCUCAGUAUGGAAUGUCUGCGAUCGUUCCUCAGACGCCAAUGGAGAGCUUUAGAUUCUAAGACGAAGACGACUACGAGAACCAGAUUUUCCCAAUACUGAGAAGUGCACGCGCGCGAACCAACGUCAUUUUGGCGGGAAAAUGUGAUAGCCAUCGUCAUUCUACUACGAGUCUUAGCGAGAAUGUCGUAGUGGCGGGAACAAGUUAUCAAAUGUAAGAAAUUUUAUCAUUUAGCGAUCGGGAAAGGGCUUUACCUCCUUCAACGGAAAUAAGCGUACAAACUUUUAUGGUGAAAAAAAGGACAAAGAUGCUUUCCGGGGUGCCUAUUUUUAGAGAAUAGGAAAGUAAACUCAAAAUUAAAUGUCGUCCGCGUAUUUGGAGCUCUCUAUUUUGCGAGAAAACCAGUGGUAGUCUUGCAAAAUGUCGGCUUUUUUCUCAGGAUAUGAUCAGUUCAGUGGUAAGCAAUGAAGUUACAAAAUAACGCUUGUUAUGGAAGGUGGUCCUUGUAGAGACCAUUGGACGCUUGAGGGGAUCUAUGGGGGACCAACACCUCUCAGUUUCCAGUUUGCUGGUCAUUGCUAUUGGGCAGAUAAAGAAAUAAUCUCAUCUCUCAUCCUCUGGCGCCCAGUGGGGAGAGUGCAUUCAAGUAAACUACCAUACCCCGGAGUGAGUGCUAGGGAUUCAGGACUUGAUAUGUCAGAGGGACCUGAGUACAGCGAUGGCGAACCGUGAUGUUUGGGAGGAGAUCCCCGUGAACGUCCUGUCCACACCAGUGGUCGAAGGAUGAUGAUGAUGUGAGAGCGAUCUAGUUGUCUUAUUCUAAACACUCUCUCUCUUGCAGAUUCGAAUCUAAAGGCUCUUGCACAGGACGUUCUAGAUCUCAUAAAAGGUCUCGUUGGGCGGGAAGCUUUCUCCCGGGCGUACGCCAACCUACAGCAAACGGCUACAGAGACACGGGAAACAAGGAAGAGAAAGAAAGCAUUAGAGGUGAGUCAAGUGAUUUUUAAAAAUCUUAACUGACAGCGCUGAUAUGUGUAGGCAUGGUAGAGAUGGGCGAAAUUACCUUGUCAGUCACCAUUUUUACAUUACUCACAAUACACCUUGUUACCCCCUCCCCCUUAAAGAAAAUUGCGUCGUAAGCCUUAUCUUCAAUUUCUCUUGGGACGCAUGUACUACCUAGCGAGAAAGCAUAAAGAAUGAUUUUGCCAAAAGAGGGGGGGGGGGGGGGGGGGGAGGGGGGGUUUUUUUGGGAAAAGGGAAAAGGGGGGAUUUCACCAAAAAAAAUUUUUCCACCCCCACCGGAAAAACACUCAUGUUUGAAAAAAACAAAAUAUAAAAAAUUUAAGAAAAAAAUUUUAUACCUCUUUUCCUCUGGGGGGGGGGGGGGGGGGGCGGGUAGAAGGGUGUAUUUUGGGAAAUGUGAAAUCAGUGAAUUUCAACUAACAAAUAUUUUCCACGCCACCAGCGAAUAACUUCAGCUUUGAAGCAAACUUAAAUUUAAAAGUUUAGGCUAAACAUUUAUUACCAUUCUUCUCUCAGGCUGUGGCGGAUCCGGCAAAGAGUGCUCGUAAGAAGAUUAAAAAGAACUUGGCAAAGAAGGAAACCAGAAAAAGGAAACUUGAUUCUCGCAAACCAGAAAGAAAGUUGAAAGCACCGCGAAUGCAAGAGACGUAA